AUGAUGAUCGUUGCGCGUCACGCGCGCGCGCGUUCGAGCCGAACCGAAGCAUCGGCGACGCGGCGUCGCGAUGUUUGUUCGGUGGCGGCUCUGGCGAAGUCGCGUCGAGUUUCGUCAAGUUCUCCGCGCACGGCCGCUCGCGACGCGCGCGCGAGCGCCGCGGACGUCGGCGUGAGUACGAGUGACUCAGAUCUCGGCGACGCGCGAAGGCGGGAGAUCGUGGCGUAUUGGGACGUCGAUAACGUAUCGCCGCCGAGCGGGUUAGAGGCGCUGUGGGCUCGGAGACUCGCGGACGUCGGCUCGGCGUUUGCGACCGACGUGCGUGUGCGCGCGUACGGAAACUCAAGGACGCUCGGGAAUCCGACCACGCGAGAGGCGCUAGAAAGCGUGGGCGUGGACGUGAUCGAGGUGCGCACGAUGAGCGAAGCCGCGGAUGAGCUCUUGAUGUCGGACGUGUACUGUCGAGCGAGAGACGCGCACGCGGACGGCGUCGCGAGCACACUGGCGACGAUGGUGAUCACGAGCGAUGUGCGAUUGAGUCUGUGCGUGGAGCAAGCGCGAGUGAGGGGCGUGCGCACGGUCGUGGUGUCAGAUUACCUUCGUACGUAUCGAUCAAAGCCAGAGUUUAAGCACCUCUUUACGGACGUCGCGAGAAAUCGUUGGCGCGAGGAACCGAGCGCGUAUAACGACGCUCUUCGAUCGAUGGCGUCCUGGAACGGCUAUAAAAUGUUCACGGCGAACAAACUCGCGCGCGCGGCGGAUGUUUCCCUGAUUUGGGAUCCGCACCGCGUUUUAGACCUGACGAGACCUGAGCGCGAGGCGCAUAACCGUUCAAACGGCACAUCGCCCGAUGAUUUCGGUCAACUCACGUCCGCCCCGGGCGGCGUCGUCGCGAUCCUUCGUCCGCGGACCCUCGUCGCUUGGCCGCGCCCGUAG